UACAUCGAAGGAAGAGAAAUAUAUAGUGAAGGAAUGGCUUUUCUUUGGAAAGAAAUCCUGAUGGAAACAUUCCUGGGUUAUGCUUCCUGGUCUCUUUAUCAUGCCCUUCCACCAAUGAUCUAUUUUUUUCCUUUACAAACAUUGGAACUUACUGGCUUAGAGGUUUUUGCUCUUGCUUUCCUCUCUCCGAUGUUUCUGAUGAUUGGUCCACUUUGGAGGUUGGCCAACAAGAAGCACAUUCUAGCCUUGCUAAGGCUGAGCAUGAUUGGGAGCAUUAUUUCAUACCAAGCUCCAAAUGCCUUCCUUCGACUCUUGAUCUUGGCCAUGGGUGUUUCUUCAUCGUUGGUAGUUCAAACAGUAACAUGGUGGUCUGGCAGUUCUUUACAAAGAUACUGCAGAAUCUGGGGGUUUAUACUAGGAAAAAUUCUUCUUCUCGUUCUUCGGAUUUGCUAUACAUCAUUAAACCCAGUAUGGAACUGUACAACUGCCAAUGUUACUAUAACUGUCCUAGGCUUCAUAGCAGCACUUGAGCGGACAUAUACAGGUACUAAAAACCAAAAACAAGAAGCAAACAAGAUUGGAAACUCAGCAAAGGAAACCAUUCGUGGUUCUAACUGGUUUUUGUCAGGGACAGCUUUUGGCAGCCUAAUGUUCCUCACCUUCUGGAUCUUUGGAGAGGUCUCUCUAGUUUCUAGAUGGGCAGUGAGUGGACACCCACAACCUGGGCCAGAUCCUAAUCCACAUGGAGGCGCUGUUCUCUUAGGACUGGCUCAUGGACUAAUGCUGUCUUUCUGGCCUUGGUCUACCUGCGCCCUGUGUGGUUGGUGCCUUAUAGGUGCAGCAGGAGCAGCUGGUCUGCUUGGCUUACGAACGUGGUAUGCAGCCAUUGCUGGCGACCUCCUAGCUGUCUUUACAAUGUGCGUGUGGCCUCGCAUGACCGGAUGCUUCGUUAGCUGUUUACAUCCUGGGAAAGUCAUGAGUACAGCCAUGCUUGUAUUUGUGCUAGACACAUUCUUCUGUGUGUGGUGCACAGCUUAUAAAUUUGUGCCCGGUGGAAUCUAUGCUAGAGAAAGCUCUCAUAUUCUUUUGGGGUUCACCAUGCUGUUUAUUGUCAUGGGCACACUAGUUGAAUGCAGGAAGGAUCUUCACUCUCUGUUUAGGGUAAAAAGUAGUGAUAAACCGUUCUUCUAUGAAAGUGAAAAAUACAUCAAAUUAUCUCUGUGGCUGUUUGUUGGUGUAGGCCUGCUGGGAUUAGGAUUGCGAUAUAAAUCUUAUGAAAAAAAAUUAGGACAUGGGUCUCCAAAGAAAGACUUUUCAGCCCUGAUUUGGCCAUUCAGGUUUGGCUAUGAUAAUGAAGGGUGGUCCAGCUUAGAGCGAUCGGUCGUCCUUCUGAAUCAAACAGGGGCAGACUUUAUUACUAUUGUGGAGAGUGACGCUUCUAAGCCAUUCAUUGGGAACAAUGAUCCAACCAUGUGGUUGGGAGAGAAACUUGGUUUUUACACAGAUUUUGGCCCAAGUACCCGAGAUCAUACUUGGGGGAUGAUGGUUCUGUCAAGAUACCCAGUCGUGAGGUCCAGACACCACCUUCUCCCUUCUCCUGAGGGAGAGAUAGCACCAGCCAUCUCCAUGACUGUGAACUUCACAGGGAAACUGGUGGAUUUUGUGGUUGCUCAUUUUGGAAAUGAAGAAGAAGACUCAGAUAGAGAGCUUCAAGCAAUAGCCGUUUCUAAUUUAUUGAAGAUGAGCUCUAACCAGGUUGUGUUUCUAGGAUACAUCACUUCAGCUCCUGGUUCCAGAGAUUACUUACAAAUAAUUGAAAAUGGCAACGUUAAGGAUAUCGACAGCACAGAUCAAGAUAGAUGGUGCAGUUAUAUAAUGUAUCGUGGAUUAAUAAGAUUGGGCUAUGCUCGAAUUUCUCAUGCUCGUCUGAGUGAUUCUGAACUUCAAAUGGCAAAAUUUAGAAUCCCAGAUGACCCAGAUAAUUAUAUUGACAAUGACAAACUCACCAUUGACCCCAGUGAAGUAUCGAAGGAAACACAUUUUGCUACAAGGUUUGGAUGCUAUCAAGAUGGGCACAAUUAUGAGAUGAACCAUCGUUUUCACAUGAGCACACCAAAGUACUUUAAGCAAGCUAGCUAGAAGAAUGACAGACCAACAGAUUAGCAAAAAGGAGGACAUCCACUGCACUGUGAAAACCAAUGACUUAGGACUGAGCCACAUCCACACUCAUGUCUCAUGGACUUAAACCGAAUGGAUCAUCCUUGCCUUGCACAAGAGAAACAAAGUAAAACAUGAAAUAAGCAACAUGUGUAAAUGUGUGUAAUUCAGGCCACAGCAUCCAGCUUUACACAGUAUACAGGUUGGUUUGAUUUGGCAGAA